GUUAAUAAAAAAUCUACUUAAAAAUAAAUAAUUAAUCAUAUUGGUUGCUUACCUAAAAUUUUUGGUUCAUCAUCACCAUCUUCCUCAUAUAUAUCAAAAUUAUCAAGAUCAAAAUGUAAAGAUUCAUUGUUUAGAUAUUCCUGAUUCAUCAGGAUCUCGAUUUGAGAAGAGAUUUUGUUCCCUUCUAUCAGCAGAUAUAUCAACAAAAAGUUUAGAGGUCAUAUUUUUCAAUUUUUCUGCACUUGGUCGUUUUAAAGGAUCUGCAUUCCAACACUGUUUAAUCAAAUCUGAGAGUAGUUGA